UGUUGUUCAUGUCAUGAGUAAAACAUCUGCAGACAUUAUUUUGGAAAAGAGAAAACAAGGAUGCAUUGUUUUUGGAGAAACCCUUGCAGCUAGUUUAGCAAUUGAUGGAAGAGCCUACUUUGAUAAAUGUUGGUAUAAAUCAGCUUCUCAUGUUGUGUCACCUCCUCUUCGACCCGAUCCCACAACUCCACUGUAUCUUAUGGAUUUACUAUCAAGUGGGGCUUUACAAGUGGCAGCAAGUGACCAUUGUACCUUUUCAUUGGAACAAAAAGCAAUGGGGUGUAAAGAUUUUAGAAAAAUUCCUACAGGAAUCAAUGGAGUUGAAGAUAGAAUGUCAGUACUUUGGGAAAAGGGAGUGAUGACUGGCAAACUAGAUCCAUGUCAGUAUGUAGCUGUAACCAGUACAAAUACAGCUAAAAUCUUCAACAUAUAUCCUCAAAAGGGACGAAUUCAAGUGGGUUCUGAUGCAGAUAUUGUUGUUUGGGACAGCAAUAAAACACAUACCAUUCAGGCAAAGACUCAUCAUCAGCGAGUUGAUUCUAAUGUUUUUGAGGGAAUGACAUGUCAUGGUGUUCCUGUUUAUGUUAUAUCAAGAGGAAGAGUAGUUGUGGACAAUGGAAAGGGAGUGAUGAAAUUACCUGUAGUAAUAUUUGUCCAACAGUAAUACAGUCGACCCCCCUAUAACACGGG